UCAAUGCAUGGACCAAAAUCUGCCACGACUACAUUCAACAACUAAUUUCUCUAACAACAGAUACACGAAUCUUUUAUUGCUUCAGUUUAUGACUUCCAUUGCUGACUUGUGGUUUGUUAAGUGAAUUUUGUAAAGUUUCGAGUAAAAUCUGCACCUUACCAGAACCUUAGUUGAUGUACGUGUCUAUAUGGAUAUAAUCUCUUGAAUCCAUUAAUGAAUGGUGUAGUUUCUAACGCUGACGAAGUUGAACGAGUUAACGAAUCUGAGAUGCUAUUACAUCCGAGAACUAAAAAACCAACCCCCGUUUUGUGGAUGGUUGUUGUAUUGGUUUUCAUCAUAGUAUAUUAUUUCUCAACAACAAAUUCAAAUUCGAAGACUAGCAACGUGAAUCCAAAGUUACUUGUCAAUGGCGCUGAUGUCGAUCGCCAAUUUCAGCAAGAAAUUCCAGAACAAAAUAAACAAAUAGUAGAUGUUGGUGAGAUUGGAAGAAAUAGAUUUGAAAGGCCAGUCGCUGGUGUUCCAAAUGUUCAAAAUUUAAACCCCCAGCCGGUUCAAAAUGCCCCACAAGAUUUAUCAGGGGUUCAACCCGACGGAAAGAUGAACGUAGUAGGUAACUUGCAGAAACCUGCAGUCAGACCAGUUGGAGGUUUUGCUAAUCCUGCUCCAUUACACAGAGAACCAGUGGACUUUCGCCCGGGGAUUCGCGAGGGGAUUCUAAAUGUGGGACAUGGACUCAAUUUACGAAAAGACGACGUCAAUCCGGACUACAUCGAUGCUGUUUUAAAUAACGAAAAUCCUGACCAUGAUGCUGUCAUCCCUAAAUUCAACCCGAAUAAGCACGUAGAAAACAAGAAAUUUGAGGAUUAUGCCAAUGUCCAACGACCAGACCCAAAAUCCUUACCGGUGGAUAUAAUCUUAAGUCCCACCGUUACGUCGUGUGAAAAACCAGUAGUAGUUGUUCUCAUAACUACUGUAGUUAAGGAUGCACGCUUGCGCACAGGAAUUCGCCGCACUUGGGGAAAGAAAGCAAACGUAGAUCAGCCGGAUAGAAUCGAGGGUGAUUGGAAAGUUUUUUUUGUGAUGGGUCGACCACAAAAUGCCUCAUCUAACGGAGCUAUUGUCAAAGAAGCAGAGUUGAAUAAUGACAUCAUCCAAGGAGAUUUUCCCGAUAUGGCAGAGGAAGAGACAAGGAAAGUCUUAGUGGGAUUGACAUGGAUUGUCGAGCAGAUGUCAUAUGUAUACCACUGCCAACCUCUGCAUGUUCUCCGAGCUGAAGCGGAUUUGUAUAUUAACAUGCCGGCCAUUUUCAAAUGGUUAAAAUCGCAACCGCGUAGUAACCUUUACGUUGGUCACGUUGUUCACGGAAACUUUCCAAAUCGUGACGUAGAGAGUCCGUAUUACGUAUCAAAAAAGGAUUAUCCUCACUAUAAUCUACCGGAUUACGCUGAUUCCCCUGUGUACCUCAUAUCCUACGAUAACGUCAAACGGUUUAUUGGGGAAAUUUCGUCGGUCACACCUAUCGCGAUGGAUGGUGUAUACAUUGGGCUGCUGGCAGAACAUGUCGGUGCCAAACCUACAAAUAACGAACACUUUAUUUUGAUGAAAAGACCGUCGAAUGUGUGUUUGUAUCAUCACAUGUUUUUUAUAUUCAGAGUCAAUGAGCCUGAGUUAAUUCAUAUAUAUAAUGUAGUUGAAAGACAUCACAACAAAAGAGAGUGCUCACGAACAGACUUCUAAUUUUUAAACAAUUGGUCCGAAUCGGUCGGCAAAUGAGCUUAUUAUGACUAUUGCGUUUUUCCUAUAAAUCCCUAGGAAUUCUUCGUCAUAAAGUAAAGGACAAUAUCUUCUCAAAUUCUCGGAGUUCACGUCAUGUCGCGCGUAGCCUACUCUGCGCGUAAAUUAAGUACGAACAAUUGCAUUGAUGUGUAGACCAAGACGGUUGAAUGUGAAUGUGUAUACACAAUGACGUCAAUUCGUAUCAAUGACAUUUUAAUGAUUGACAAUGCUUACUUAUUUAAGAUUAUGUUUACCUAUUGAGUCUCUUUAAUACAUCAUUACCCGAAACUUAACCCUGGAUGAGAAAGGGAGUACGGUAUUAUUUUACUCAAGCCUAUUCGACUCUAGGCAUCAGACAAAAUGUACGUAUGUCCACACGCAUUUAUUUCAUCAAAUAGAAUGUUUAUCCCAUGUCAAAAAUGACACUUUCAGGAUAUGGUAUUCAGUAACGCCAAUUCGUAUCAAUGACAUUUUAAUGAUUGACAAUGCUUACUUAUUGAAGAUUAUUUUUACCUAUUGGGUAUCUUUAAUACAUCAUUACCCGAACCUUAACCCUGGAUGAGAAAGGGAGUACGGUAUUAUUUUACUCAAGCCUAUUCGACUCUAGGCAUCAGACAAAAUGCACGUAUGUCCACACGCAUUUAUUUAAACAAAUAGAAUGUUUAUCCCAUGCCAAAAAUGACACUUUCAGGAUACGGUAUUCAGUCCACAUGUAGGCCUAUUCGGUUACCCGAGCAGGGAAUCCAAACCUAGUGAUAUUGGCAGCCAGUGCCGAAUUUACUUGAGAUUUUAGGCCCUAUUUACUGAUCAGUCCGAGCACCAAAUCCAAUCUGACACCGACAAUGGAAAAUAUUUUUAACAAUAUUAAAAAAAAAAACAAUUAAUCUUGAAUUCUGAUAAAUAGUCCUAAUAAAGCGAAUGUGUAUGCCUUCAUAAGGAAAGCCUAAUGCUAAUUAGUUUUAAAGUACACAUUUAUCAAAGACAUAAUUUGAUUUUUCAUUGACUGAAACAAAAUUUUUAAAUAUUUAUAAAUUGCCCAAGGGACCUCUACCGAAUGCUGUUUCAUUUCGGUAGUCUGCUAAACCUCUCUAUGGUUCCAAUACGCACGUCCUAAACGUUACUACAUUUAAUGUGAUACCACCAGCCUAUGUUAAAUAAACGGCUGUAAUUUGUGUUUAUCGGAGUUUGUCACAUAUGAUCCUUUCAUUAGAAUCGUUGUUAAGAAAAUAUAGGCCUAGAAUUUUGUACUCUCCAAUUAGAAAUAAAAUAAUAUGAUAAGUUAAUAAUAUCCUAACAGUAACCAAAAAAGUAAAUAAACGCAGAGGAACCCUUUUCACCGCUCAGUUCUAAAGCACUUUGAAGCUCCCAUAAUUGGGAGCUCGCUGGAACAGAACUCACAGAAGCUCGAGUGAAAGUGGCAUCUGACUAUCCUAUCCUACCAACAACAAAAAAGUAGAGAGAAUUUUAAGGGAAAAUAUAAUAAUAAUAAUAUAUUUGAGCUCUUCCGGCCAAGUUUGAGUAGCAGUUGACGAUUCAGAAAUUUACCUACAGGUUUGUCCGACAGGGCCGAGGUGCAAAUCAGUUGGCCGUAUGUCCUGAGCCGGGAAUGAAAUGAAAUGGGAAAGAUCUAGAGAGAUUUUAAGGUUUAGGAUUGUCAAAAAUUGUACUUUUCGAUAAAAAAAAAAAAAGUACUUUUUUGGCUCGGAAAAUUGAUGUCGACCCCAUGGCAUGUCCGAAAUGCACGGACCCCCGUCGUCAUGACGAGGUUCCGUCCGACCGGGCCGUGACUACUCAUUUUGAAUAGUUUGUCUGAGGUGAGAAAGUAGAAUUUAGUAUUGUAAAACCAUAGUAUAAUAACUUCCGAAUUUAGGGAGACUAGCUGACCUGUUUCAAAAAAAGAAAUGUGUUAAAAACUGGUCAAUGGUAUACCGUUUUUGUUGAACGAAGAAGAAAUAAAGUCCAAUAUUUUAA